AUGUCGGAGGAGGACGAUAAAAAACUAUGUGAAAAGUACUUAGUACCAGAAAACUGCCAAGUGUUGAGAGUUCCAAAAGUUAACCGGGAGCUUUGGAAUGCUUUCAAAUUAAAGCGUGCUGCGGAUUUGGCACUUCAGACCUCUCAAAAAUAUCUGAGUUUGGCAAUGGUGCCCGUAAUCAAGUCCAUCGAAGUGUUGAUGGAAAAAGGGGACGUCCAACAGGUGAAAGAGCUAACUAAAGACACCUUCAGAUUGUUGUCACAAGGGCUUAACGUUACAAAUAGAAAACGGCGAGCCCUUAUUAGGCCGGCCAUCCCAGCAAAGUAUCAGAAGGUGUGUGAGGGGGAAGGGCCAACGUCUGAAUUUCUGUUUGGGGAAGAUCUAGAUCAAAAGGUUGAAAAUUGCGAAAAAGAGGAGCGGAGAUCCCAAAAGCUAGGGGGGCAUCAAGGCAAUCACAAAUCAACCUCUUUUUUAGGGCAACGCAACCAGAAAGGGAACAGAUACCACCCGUAUCCCUACAAACAGAUGUAUCAUCAAGGAAAACAAUAUCCGACUUUGGGUCGAAACAGCAAUCGGGGGAAAUCCCCAGCUCAAAGAGGACAAUAUUACAGGAAGAAAUAACUUAUGAUCAGUCACUGUAUCCAGAAAAUAAUUCUGGACAAAGUGGAAACAGCAUUGCUGAUUGCUCCAUUAUGGCCGACGCAGGUAUGGUUCAGCGAACUGCUACAACAAAUUUGUGCUCAGUCAUACAUUCUACCAAAACAUCGAACACUAAUACUGCCUCAAGAUCAAACAAGACAGCAUCACAUUCAGAAGAUGCGGCUGGGUGCUUUCGUAUUGUCCGGGAACAGCUUAAAGAUAAAGGAUUAUCAGAGGACACUGUCCAGAUUAUCUUACAGUCAUGGAAAAAAUCAACUGCAAAACAGUAUGGGUCUUAUUUCAGAAAAUGGUUGCUUUUUUCAAGUUCAAAAAACAUUGAUACAUUUAAUCCAUCUUCGGUAAAAGUGUUGGAAUUUUUGACAGAAUUAUUCAAUCAAGGAUUAGGUUAUAGUGCAAUCAAUACAGCGAAAUCUGCUAUUUCAUCUACUUGCAAUUUGAUAAAUAACAGAGAUAUUGGUAACGAAAUGAUAAUCAAAAGAUUUAUGAGAGGAUUGUUUACAAUAAGACCAGCUUUGCCAAAAUAUGAUCAUAUUUGGGAUGUUAAUAAAGUAUUGCAAUAUAUUUCAUCAUUACCGAACUGUACAGAAAUGACUUUACUUCAGUUAUCUCAAAAAUUAACAACAUUGUUCAUGUUGUUAUCUGGACAGAGGUGCCAAACAAUCCAUUUGUUGAAAUUGUCUGAUUUACAUAUUUGUAAGGAACAAGUUGUUUGUCAAGUGUCGGAAUUAGUUAAACAAUCUAAACCUGGAUUACAUGUUAAGCCGAUGCAAAUACGUAGAUAUUCAGCUGACCCAAAGUUAUGUCUAGUAAAUACUUUGGAGUAUUAUCUGACUGUUACAUCUAAGGUUAGAGGGUCUGAACAUAAAUUGUUUAUUUCAACAGUUAAACCUUUUAAAGCAGUCACAAAAAGUAAAAUUUCUAGAUGGGUGAAACAGUUAAUGAAAGAAUCUGGUAUUGAUGUGGAUAAAUUUGGUGUACAUAGUUGUCGAGCAGCCUCCACAUCAGCAGCAGCAAUUAAAGGAGUUCAAUUAGAUUCAAUAAUGAAAGCUGCAGGCUGGAGUUCUGCAAAAACUUUUGCUCUGUAUUACAACAAAACUAUUGAAAAAUCUUAUUCUGAUGUAAUUCUUAGUGGAACAUAGUUUUAGAACACACCAUAAGAAUGCUCAAGAAUUGAUUAAUACUUUAGAUUAUACCUAAUGAAGGGAGUUAACUCUUAUCCUAUAGAAGAGAAUCUUUAUUAGCAGUUGUCUCCCUUAAUCAGUUGUUACAUUGUUGAGGUUA